AUGCCGAGUGAAAAGGUUGUCCUAAUUAUUGGAGCCAACAGUACACUAGGUUUAAAUAUUGCCUAUAGACAGAUCGAAAGUCAAGAUCCUGAAGAUUCAUUGACCUUCAUAUUAACCUCUAGAUCUAUCGAACGCGCGAAAGAAGCUGGUGAUGCGAUAAAAACAUUUAAUGAUCAACGGGAAGCAACUCGGGAGGUUAAGACUGUUCCGUUAGUUUUAGACCUCACAGAUAUGAAGAAUGUGUUGAAUGCAAGUAUUACUUUGAAUAAAACCUAUAAAGAAAUUAAUUAUGUAUACGUGAAUGCAGCUUUAGGAGUAUGUUCCGGGAUCAAUUGGUUCAGGGCCAUCCAAGAAGUAAUAACUAACCCUGUUCAGGCAGUAACAGAUCCUCAUUAUAAGAUUCAAAAGGUCGGGUUGAUGUCAAAGGAUGACAUGGGUUUGGUAUUUGAAGCAAAUAUAUUCGGACCAUAUUACUUGAUAAGAAAGAUUCUACAAGUGCUGUCAGCUGGUAAGGCAGUAAUAGUAUGGAUUUCGAGCAUUAGAUCAGAUCCAAGCUAUUUACCUUUUAAUGAUUUAGAACUGAUCGAAUCUUCCACCCCUUAUGAAGGUUCAAAAAGAAUGAUUGAUGUUAUGCACUUGGCUACAUAUAAAUCUUUGAAGGCUAAGGGUAUCUAUCAAUAUGUUGUACAGCCUGGUAUUUUUGUAAGUCAAUCGUUUAAUGUACACCUAAACAUCAUCACAUAUUAUUUGAUGAUGAUUAUGUUUUAUUUGGCAAGAAGAUGGGGUUCUUACUGGCAUACCAUCGAUCCUUAUAAGGCUGCAAAUUCACCAGUAUAUGUUACAACAUUUCGUGAUCGUGAUUUUGAAAGACAGGAUAUUAAAUAUGGCUCUGCCACAUAUAACGACGGUGUUGAACACAUUAAACCUGAAGAAUUGAACUCCAUUGGUAAAGGACAAGUCUUAGAGUUCUUAUCGUCUAAGGAAAAAGAGUGGGACAUAAGAUUAAACGUCCAGGAAACAAAAAAUUGA